AUAUUUUAUCCGCAGUCACACUGAACUGGCCUAAUAAAUAUGACGAAAGAUUGUAAAUUUUGCCCAAAAAAAGUGAAUAAUAAGUUUAAAGUGAUAAUGUAGACGUUAACAAAUCGACUCCAAAUGUAUGCACGUUAUCAACGCGUAUCAUACACACGAACAUCGAACUGUUGUGUUUGUAGUGUUUUCUUUGAAGAUAAAUAUAAAAUCGGGCAGUUCCUGUCUUAAUAGGUGAAUGCAGUGCGAAGAGUGUGCUUUAUUUAGUAUAUAACUAAUUGUGUAUAUAAUUAAAAGUGUGCUGGGGCCAGUGAAAAGUGACAAAAGUGGUGGAAAGGUGGGAGAAUCCGAAGGCCCCCAUUACUCAUUCUCUAUUUUUGCUGCGAAACGACGAACACAACGAAAUCAGCAACAAACAGCGCAACAAAUGAUUGUUACAAAUAAGCAAAGUUGAAGCUUAAGCAAUCCAGUGCAGACCCAGAGCAACCCUGACGAGAGCGAGAGAGCCAGAGAGCCGAAGAUGGAGCAUCCACUGGUAGUGCAGGCCGAGUACUCCUUCAUGGGCAGCAACAACGACGAGCUGUGCUUCAAGAAGGGCGACAUCAUCACAGUCACCCAGCGCGAGGACGGCGGCUGGUGGGAGGGCACGCUGAACGACAAGACUGGCUGGUUUCCCAGCAACUACGUGAACGAGUGCAAGGCCCAGCUGCCGCUGGCCGAGACCAUACGUCCGCCGGAGGAGAUACAGGAGUAUCGCUCGGUGGUGCUCAAGGACCUCCUCGACUCGGAGCGGGCCCAUGUGGCGGAACUGCAGGGCCUGCUCGAGAACUUCCUUGAGCCCAUGCAACAGACCCAAAUUCUCAACCAGGACGAGUACGCCCAGCUGAUGUGCAACUUUGUGGAGAUUGUGCGGACACACGAGGAGCUGCUCCUGCAGAUCGAGGAGUGCAACGACCGCGUGGGCAAGCUGUUCCUCACCAGCGCCCCCCUCAUGAAGAAGGUCCACCAGGCCUACUGUGCAGCCCAUCCCAAAGCCAUAGUCAUAUUGGAUAAGUACAAGGAUGACCUCGAGAAGUACAUGGAACGCCAGGGGGCGGCCACGCCAGGGCUGUUGGUGCUCACCACGGGCCUCUCGAAGCCCUUCCGGCGGCUGGACAAGUACUCAGCCAUGCUGCAGGAGCUGGAGCGGCACAUGGAGAGCAGCCACCCCGACCGAGGCGACACUCAGCGCAGUGUGGCCGUUUACAAGGACAUUGCGGCCACCUGCUCGGCCACGCGGCGCCAGAAGGAGCUGGAGCUGCAGGUUCUGACAGGGCCAGUGCGCGGCUGGCAGGGCCAGGAGCUGAGUACUCUGGGCGACAUCAUACACAUGGGCAGCGUGGCCGUGGGCGCUGACCAUCGGGACCGCUACUUUGUGCUGUUCCCCCAGACGCUGCUCAUCCUGAGUGUUAGUCAGCGCAUGAGCGCCUUCAUCUACGAGGGCAAACUGCCGCUCACUGGCAUCAUCGUUCACCGCCUGGAGGACACGGACGCCAUCAAGAACGCCUUCGAGAUCAGCAGCCCCCUGAUCGACCGCAUAGUGGCGGUCUGCCAGGGACCCAGCGAGGCCAACAAGUGGGUGGAGCUGCUGAACGCCAACAACCCCAGUCUGCCGAUGGGCAUCAAGCGGCAGCUGAGCAACCUGAGCAACUCCUCUCUGGGGCAGCUGAAUGCGGCGCACCUCAGCCAGCACUUGGAUUCGCGUGGCUACUGCACGCGGUUCUCGCUCUGCGCGUACUACUCCAGCCCGUCCAGUGGGGCCAAUGCCCGACCAAUGCGCACGACGCUCCCGCCCAGCAACUAUCCGCCCACGGCGCCCUAUGCGAACCUCAGUGCGCACUUUGCCAGGCUGGUUAGGGCCGGAGGACUGAGGAGUGCGAUUGUCAAGAUGCUGCUGUACCCACAGGCUCGCCAGAGCAUCGAUCUCAUGCGCAUUGCCCUGCGCAAGAAGCGCUGCCACAAGGCGGCUGCCAAGCUCAAGGAUCUCAAUGGAAACGGGGAAACGGGGGAGUCUGGGCAGUCGGGGCAGUCGGAGCUGGAGCGGCAGGACGCCAUUGAGUUGCCCACAGACUCGGAGAGCUUUGAGGACGAGUUCGAUGACGAGUACCUUCAUUCCUGCGACUCGGAUCCGUUCGAAUACGUUCAGUUUUACCAGAACAAGAGGAACGAUUCCGAUUCCCUUUGGAACUCCACUGGCACUUUCGUGGACCAUGGAGGGGUGUCCAGGAGACACUGUUCCUCCAUCAAUCUCAUCAAGCUGGAUUCCCUUGAUGCCGACGAGGUUCUGGCCCAGAACGAGCUGAAAAAGGAGUCGCUUGUCAUUGGAUCCAGGGCUCUGCGGGCACUGGCUCGCAAAUCGUUGAAUCGGAACUCCAGCGUUCACACUUCCACGGCCACCCUGGAGCUGGGCGCCGGCGGCAGUAUUACGAGAUGUGUUGAAGAGGAUCCAAUGCUCCUCCCGAAGUUCUCCCUUCAGCAGCAGAGCUCCGACGCCAGUUCCAUGUAUGCGGGCCGCCUGGGCGGGGCCUUUACGGCGUGCGAGAACCUGGCCAGCAUGCCCGAUGAUCUCAGCCUCACCCAAGGGCAGGGCGCGCAGGAGGCACCCGUUCCUCUUCCUGCCUCUCCGACGGAGCGGCACAGCAUGCCAAGCAUUUUCGUGGGCAACCGGUUCAAUCUGUCGAAGAACACAGAGGUCUAUGUGCCCACGUGGAAGGAUCGGCAGGACAUGCAGAACCAGAGCGUAGAUGGGCAGCCAGAGGACGGCGUGCACUCCAGCUCCCUGGAUCUUCCCGCUGCGUGUCUCACCGCUCCCGACAAGAUGCAAGCGGAGCUGCUCUACAACUUCGACGACGAUCUGGCGUCCCUGGAGAGUCCGCUGCAGUUGCAGCUGCAGCGCGAAACCCUGCCCUUCCAGAGCCACAAUCUCAACUCGGAUAAGAGGGUCUCCCACAAGAGUGACAGUCCCUCGUCAGGCAACCCUCAAAGAGAUUCCAAUCAGGCGGCGCGGAGCAUCUCAACGACCGAGCUGUGCAUCGAGACCGCCUCCAAGAAGCGCGAACCCGACCCAGAGCGCAGCAGGGACUCCAUUAGACGCUGCAUAAGCUAUCAGUUUCUGCAGAUGUCCAACCGGCCUCCGCCGCCAAACCCGCCUCGUCGGGAUCCAGAUCUCCAUUUGCACUCGAAGUGCCGCUGCUGCGAGAGCUCCCAGUGCCCCAGUCCGCGCUCCAGUGACAGCGGCAUGGCCGGAAGCUGCACCAUAGCCUCGCCAGACCCCCCCAAUCCCGAGUCCUAUUUUCCAAUGGCCGCCACUGACCAGGAUGUCCCUGACAGCGCGGAGUCCGAGCGCUUCGAUGUGUGCGGCAUGUUCCGGGAGAAGUUUCUGACACCAGAGGCCACGCAGGAAGAGGCAGAGGCGGAGACAGUCGACGAGCUGCCAGAAGAGCCGACCACACCUACGAACCGAAAGGCAUCCGGGGAAAAUGCUUCUGUCGUCAGUUCAACGCAGAUUCAAGUGAAUACCAGGAGUAUUUUCCUGCCCUGCAGCUCCAGCAUGGACGAGACCACGAGAACCACUCCGGCAAACGAUCCCCUGAUCAGCUCCAGCUCAGUGGGGCAGCUGGACACGGAACCACGCGCCACGUUCCGCUCUGGGAUGUACGCGCACUGGUGGAAGAAGGAGCGGCUACCCCCGGAGGUGGUGCGGGGCAUAGCCCACGCCUACAACAAGAGUCUGCCGUCGGUGCAUGACAGCAAGGACUCGGGAUCCGUGUGCUCCAGCUGCUUCUGCUCCUUCGAAGCCAGCGGAUACAGUGAGGGAGCCCUCUACUGCUCCGUGUGCCAGAACUGCGUGGACUACUACAACGGGAGCACCACCAGCACCACCAACACCACCACCACGACGGCAUCCGCCUCCUCUGGCUGUCCCCUGUGCAGCGAGGAUGAGGCGCCGACCAACAGCUGCCCGUCGACCCGCCUGUCCGCCGCUCGCGGGGCGUAUGCCAGCGAGCCGGCCUACUCCUCCUCGCUCGACUGUCCCAUUUGUGCGGCGCGCGUGGCUUUCGCGGGCGAAGAAGAUGUCUCCGCCAUCGAGCCACAGCCUGCUGCUGCCUCCGCAGCCAGGAAGCCGUCAGCAGGCGCCGUCCGGUCCGCCAGGCAUCGGGAGCGCGAACAGCAGCGCGGGCAACAGCCUGCAGGGCUCCCCAGCCACCAACUCGAUGUCACAACACAAACGGAGCCAGUCCUUCAACCACCACCUGAGCUACAACCAGUACACGCACACUCAGCCUCCACCACAUCUUCUGCAUCCACCACAACCACCAAGUCUGCCAAGUCAUCUGGGGGCGGCCGGCCACAGAUCAAGUUCAGCCCAGACACCAAGCAGCAAGACAGCCCCGGGCCCAGCACCAGCCACGGACGGCAGCCCGGCGGCCCAGCAGGCAGCAGCAGCAGCGGGAACAACGGGGGGGCCAAGCGCAAGGAAAGGAAGCACAAAGGCUAACUGGACCAUCAGCUGUUUGCGUCCUACGCCGCCGCUGCGCCCCAGUUUGUUGAAUACCUCCAGCGGCGGAGGCGGUGGCAGUGGCGGCGG